UGUCCGCGAGUUGGAUUAACAGCCACACUGUGGUGCACACCUACAUUCGCGAUAUCUUUUACAACCUCUCUUGGAGUUGCACAAUCCAUCAUAUUCGUUGAAUAGCUCCUGUGUGAUGAACCGAUGUGCAGAAUGUCUAUACCGAGCGCUAUCGAUUAUUAAGUGACGGAUCAUCAACCAAGUGAAAUUUAUGAGGCUCUGUUAAUCGACUCGAUAGAAGUGCGUUGAUAUUUUAGGAACCAUCCACAACUAAGCUCAUCGGCUGGAACCUUCCGUCUGCAUGAAUGAACCAUAGAAACAGAGAAAAAAAAAUAACCUUUAUCCAUACGCGACACUGGAUCUUAAAAACUGGUAGUGUUGGUGUCUCACUUUCAGUUUCGUUAAAUUUAUCCGUGUUAAACAUCAUGCAUGGAAAUACUUCGCCAGCUACACCGGUUGCGUCGCCCAACCCAAGAAGUGAUUGUUAAACGACCCACUAGGAAGAGCGAGCAAUUUGAAAAAAAAACAACUCUCGACAUCAGCAUGAUCUUGAAGGUCAGACUAAGUUGCUGCAUGACUGGUGUCUUUGUUCCGUGUAUAAUUUCCCGUGUCCGGUGUUCGAAUAACGGGCUGACUGCUGCUAUUGGAUGUCAUCAAGUGAGAGAUAGUGAAUAGUGAAUAAUCGAGAUUAGUGUGACUCUACUGAAGACUACUAUAGAAAUAACGUGUGCGCAUCAACGAUGAAACUUAAACGCAUUGGUGUUCUGCUAUCGGCAUCGAUCAUCACAUGGCUAAGUGUACUUCAGAUCACCGACGCAGAGUACAUUCCUCCCGGGCCGAAGUACACAUGCCCAGAGAAAGCGAAAAUUAUUUACCCCUGCGUCUGCACCCGUGGUACCGACGACGGUAUCUAUGUCAAUUGCGAGAACUCGAACCUGGCCAGUCUCUCGGUGGCGUUCAUCAAUUUGGCCAGCCUUAACGUGCCGGUCGAAGAGCUGCACAUCAAACGGUGUAAAAUAAAAAACCUCUUCGGCACUUUACUUCACAAACUGAGCGUGAAGCGACUCUUUGUGCUCGAUACGCCCAUCAUCAGCAUCAGUGAUCAUGUGUUUUAUGGGAUCAACGAUACGCUGCUGGAGCUACAUCUGGUUCGGAGCGAGCUGUCAGCAUUUCCGACCGAUGCGUUGAAAGUUCUCGGUAUGCUUAAGGUGCUCAACAUUGACGAGCAUCGGAUCGAAAAUUUGCCAAAGGGUAUCUUCGGUGGAAUGGGCUUCGAAGGAACUUUGGAGAAAUUCCACUUUGUUAAUGGGUUGCUGGCCGACAUGGGGCCAGAUAUUUUCAUGUCUUUCAAGAAAAUUAGAACACUGGAUAUCCACGGUAAUCGGCUUGUGACACUGAAGAAGGGACAAUUCAAGGGUCUUCGGGAGGCCGAAAUUCUAGAUUUGAGUUUCAAUAACCUAACGAAGCUGGAUGCAUCACACGUCUCGGACUUGACUAAAAUGACGUGGAUAAAUGUGUCACACAAUGCGCUAUCGGAAAUUACUAGAGGUACUUUCGCACGUAACGCAGUGUUGAGAGUUCUAAAUAUGGCUUUCAAUAACAUCAAAAAAAUUGACGCUAACACGUUCCGAGGAAUGAGAUUUUUGAGGCGUCUGCAUCUGAACGAUAAUAUGAUUAGUGAUGUUGGACGGGGGACAUUCGGAUCGGUGACGCGCAUUGGUACAAUCGAUCUGGCUAGGAACAGGAUCAAGAAGGUCGAUUAUCAGAUGUUCUUCCAGCUGAACUAUGUUGAGGUCGUGAAUUUGGCAGAGAACGAGAUCACGGAAAUACAGAAGGACUCAUUCAAGGAUCUCUAUCUAACACAUAUCAACAUUUCUCACAAUAGAUUGGAAACGAUCGAGCCCAAAUCGUUUAUCAAUUGCGCCAAUAUGACAGUUCUCGACCUGUCUCAUAACCUGAUACGAUCCCUUCCUAGAACUGCGUUCGAUGAGACAACAUAUGCCUCGGAGUGGAUAUUAACGCAUAACCUGCUUACGAACAUGUCACAAAUUUCACUUGCCAACAUGACCGGUUUGAGAGUUUUGAACGUAUCCUACAACAAUAUCGUAGACAUUCCAAAGAACACCUUCCCAAAGCUUUACGAGCUUCACACAAUCGACGCAUCGCAUAACAGCAUCUCUCACAUUUACAACGCUGUCUUCCAAAAUCUGUUCUCUUUACGGGUGUUGAACCUCAGUCACAAUGCGAUGGAAAAAAUUGGACCAUCCACGUUUGGAACUCUCCCAACUCUGCUCGAGAUGGAUUUGAGCCACAACAAUCUCAAGGAUAUCACCCGAGGAGCACUGGCGAAAACCACCGGUUUGCGGUACCUCACAAUGACGAACAAUAAACUGGAGAAAAUAUUCCAAAUCCCGAUCUCGCUCAAUCAUUUGAACCUGGCUCACAAUGAUAUCAAGGAAGUACCCGAAAAAACUUGGCCAACCAUGAACUCAUUACUUUCUUUGGAUCUAAGCCACAACAAGCUGCAGAAUAACCUUCAACGUGGCAGCUUCGCUGGCUUGCUAACCAUGCAGACGUUGAAUUUGGAGUCUAAUGAAAUCUCGGAAGUUCCACGCGAUAGUUUGGCCGAUCUGGGGACCCUGCAAUAUUUACACUUGACAAAUAAUAGCAUCACGGACCUGCCGAAAAAUGCCUUUGGCAAUCUCCCGAUCCUUUUCGAGGUGCAAAUAAUGAACAAUGGAUUGCACAAUAUCAGCGCAAAGGCGUUCGACGGUCUGUUGCAGCUGUUGACACUGAAUAUGUCCAACAAUCUUCUCAGGACAAUUCCAAACGACGCAUUCGCGGGACUAGUGUCACUCCGCAAGUUGGACGUUUCGCGCAACCUUAUGAGCAGCCUGGACAAUAAGACGAACGGUUUGUUGGACGGUUGCCUUAGCUUGGAAGAAAUCGACAUCAGCCAUAAUCGUUUCAAUUUUAUCACGAAGAAAACGUUUCCGUCCAACCAAUAUAUACCGUACAGACUGAAAAAAAUCGACCUCAGUUUCAAUGCCAUGUCUAUCAUCACUCAUGAUUUGAAGUUCGGUACGAAAACGGUUACACACCUGAACAUAUCGCACAACAAUAUUAAAGACAUCCGCAAGGGAGUGCUGGGGAAUCUAACGUCACUUCGAACGCUUGAUCUGUCCUAUAACGAGCUGGUGAGGCUAGAAAGCGAUGUGUUCAAUAUGCAGGAGAACUUCUCGGAGCUUAUUCUUCAUCAUAAUCGAAUUAUGAACGUAUCGUACGAUAGUUUGUUGAAGCUGAACAAACUAACGCUGCUGGAUCUGCGGGCGAACGAUAUCGCAAGGUUUGACACCGAGCUGGUAACUAAGAUGAAGCUUUCCAAUCUGAGUGUAUUUUUUGAAGGAAACCCUCUGCUCUGUGACUGUUACACCCGCCCACUGUAUAAUUACCUGAGAACGCUCCCAUCGGUGACUCCAGAGUACCAGAACAUUCGCUGCUCCGAACCAGCAGCCACCUCGGGCAUGGCUUUCUAUAACGUUAGCGAUGAACUACUCACGUGCGUUCCGGCAUCCGACAACGAAAUAUACAAACUUCUACCGGAUCUACGAUUCCGAGAGGUCUCAUACUUCCGGGGUCACCUGGUCGCACAUUGGUUCGUCACGGCCACCAAGGACAUCGGGGACUUUUACGUUUACAUCCGAGAUCAACGGAACAACAUCCUGUUCGACCGCAUUGUGUCCUACAACAAUCGGCGGACGGAAAUCAAUGGCGAUGAGAUUGUUGGGAGCAGUUCGUCCUCAUUGGAGCUUUGUGUGCUUGCCAAAAGCAGCAGCGAGGAGAUUAACUUCCUGGAAUCACAAUGUGUUCGACUACCGGAGAAUUUGAAUGCGGUUAAGCAAAAGUACAACGCUAAUCACAACUAUAAACUGCCACUGAGUUUAACGAGAAGCCUCAAUGCACGCUCCAGUAGCUGUGAUAACUCUAGAAAUAGUGUAGUGUGGUUAGUGACUGUGAUGGUAGCGGUACUCAAUUGGCACCGAUGGAAUGGCAGCUAGUUUAGGAAUCUUGUUGUUAUUUUACACCUGUACACACUCGUAUUAAGAAAAUUAAAUAUUUAUUUGUGAUAGACAACGUGGCAUAUUGCGAUUUUCUUCUCUAUUAUUUCACCUUUUGAUUUGACUGAAACUAUCAUACUGAGAAACGCGAAGUCGUCACAUUAGGGACGGUAGCUUGGCAUUCGCAAAUGGUUCACAGGAUUAAAGAGAGCACUCAUUGAGACCUUUCUCGAAAUCUUUAACUCAUAUUACGAAAUUGAAUUUUAGCAUCAAUGUUGAACAAGAUUCACAGCCCAAGGAGCACAUCGAACUCACUUCAGUUUAUAUUUUGUCUACGCUUGUACAGAUUAUGGAAAAUACAACCAUCA